UUAUGUCUAAAACAAAUAACAUUAGUCUUUUCUAUUACUAUUUACAACUCGUUAGUCGUAAUUCUAAAUAAUAAUUAUUUAAAUGAUUUUUACGCAAUAAACUGUAAAUCUUAGUGAUCCAAAUUCUAUAUAACAAACAUAUAUAUGUAUGUACACAAAAUAGAUUAAUUGUUUUGUUGUAUGCUUUUAAAUUGUAUACUGUAGCUGUGUACGGCAAGUUCUGGAAAUUUUGAUAAAUCAUGCAGUCCUCUCAAGCAAACAUGGUUGGUCAGCAAGGCUUUAACGUUGGUCCAGGAUUACAACAGAAUAUGCAACAACAAGUUCCUGGAUCGCAGCAUGUAAUGGUACCACAAGUAAAUCAAAACUCAGUAGGAGUAAGUUCAGUUUCUCAACCAACAGUUGCUCCAUCUAACCAAAAUCAGUCGGCAUCAAGUCAUCAAUUUAAUACAGCAUCAUUGUGUCGUUUUGGUCAAGAAACUGUUCAAGAAAUAGUAUCACGUACACAUGAAGUAUUCCAAAUACUCAAAGUUCUCAUGCCACCAAAUGGAACUCCCACUGGUGCCAAUAUGAGUAAUGAAAGGCGAAUAAAAAUGCAUGAUCAGUUAAGAAAUAUUAAAUUACUAUUUAAAAGAUUGAGAAUUAUAUAUGAAAAAUGUAAUGACAGUUGCCAAUUACAAGGUAUGGAAUAUAUGCAUAUGGAGGGAUUAAUUCCACUUCAAGAAGAAUGGGAUAUGAAGUCUGAAGAAAGAAAGACAAGUGAAACAUACCGAGUAGCUAAUGAUGAAAUGAAGGAAGUCGCUGAGCAAUUAAGUGCUAAAAACCGACAUUUAAAAGAGAUAAUUGAUCAUCUUCGCAGGAUUAUUUGGGAAAUUAAUACCAUGCUAGCAAUGCGGCGCUCUUAAUAUUUAUAAAUAACCUAGUGUGUACAUAAAAAAAAAAAAAAUGAAUUGAAAUAAAGUAAAAUUUUUUUUAUAAACAAAAACGAUGAUUUUUAUGUUAUUGUCACUGCAGAAGCUCAAAAAUAAACAGGUUGAGCUAUUGUCUAUUCCUCAACUCUUUUUUUUGUUUUUUAACUUGUGAAUAACCCAGGGGAUCAAUUUUAAUUAAUUCUAUGGUAAAAU